AUGAUUAAAUAAAAAUUGAUUUUCAGUUUGAAAUGGGAAAAAAUCGAUAUCAAAGACGAAAACUAUUCUCCAAGAACUGGACACACAGUAGUAGAGAAUAAUGGUGAUUUUUAUUUAUUUGGAGGGGCUGAUUCUGACACAAGGACCAAUGAUCUCUUUAUAUUUUCUCUAGAAAAGAGAAAGUGGUUUAAACUUAACCCUAGAGGUAUUCAAUUACCAACUUCGAGAUCAGGGGCUCAAAGUCUCUCGCAUUAAGCUAGUAUUUACAUCUUUGGAGGCUACACUAGAAAGGGAGGAGAAUAUUUCAACGACAUCUAUGAAUACAAAACUAUCGAAGAUGAAUGGAUCGAUCUCCAAGCAAUAAACUCCCCUCAACCUAGAACUGAUCAUACUUUCAACAAAUACCUUGAUGAUUUUUUUGUUUAUGGGGGUAGAGACGAGAUGCACAUAUUUAGCGAUAUUCAUCAAUACAAGAUAUUUGAGAAUAAAUGGGAAUGCAUAUCAAAUUAGCUUUAUGUGCCUUCCUAGGAGGACUAGUCAUAAUUACUAGAAUAAGGACUAGUCGUCUCUGAACCAAAGUUAAGGUUCGGACAUUCUUCUGUCAUUUUUCACAAUUUCAUGUAUAUCUUCGGAGGAUGGGAUGGGAAUGUCACUUUAUCUGACUUAACAAUCUUUGAUCUUGAGUUGAAACUAUGGUUGUAGCCUUACUAAAUUAAAGGUCAAAUAAAAGGCAGAUAUAGACACACAGCUAUUUCAACUGAUACCUCUAUGUUUGUAUUUGGCGGUAUCGAUUAAUAAUAGGAGAGAUUUAACGAUAUUCAAGAAUAUGUCUAUCAAACUUAAUCUUGGACUAGAGUGAUCACGGUUGGUACUGCACCGAGCUCGAGAACUUUUCAUCAGAGUAUUGCUUUCUAAGGAAAUUUUUAUGUUUUUGGAGGCUUUGAUGGCAUGAAAAGGAAUGACAUGUACAGAAUAUAUCUUGGUGGAAAUUCACCUGAUUAAAAUAGGGACUAAACAGAAGCAUUAUAGUAGUUUGAUAAAAAUUUCACAUUGAAAGGACAAGAUAAGCAGAAGCUUGAAAAAGUUUAGAUAUUUACAGAUGAUUAUUACAAUAGCAUGGUAGUGGGUGAAUGGAUUAAGCUAAGGGCCUCUGGCUUGCUAUUUACUCCGAGAACUGGGCAUGAAUGUUUGAUAUAUAAGAAAAAGAUUUAUCUCUUUGGUGGUACUGAUUAGGAUGAUAGAAAAAAUGAUCUUUACUCAUACGACUUAUACACUAAUUAAUGGGACAAGCUACUUUAGUAAGGAGAGAUACCUAUGCCCAGAUCAGGGGCAAGAGGUGUAGCUUACAAGGACUGUCUGUAUUUCUUCGGAGGUUAUCAAAAGAAAAGUGGAGAAUACUAUAAUGAUCUGUUUUACUAUGACUUAAAUCGAAAACGCUGGGAUAGAAAUGUUUAAGUAGGAGAAUAUCCAAGUGAGAGAACAGAUCACUCUGCAGUACUAUACGAAGGACAAUUGUAUAUUUUUGGAGGAUAUGAUGGAAAGACAAGAUUUUCUGACCUUUAUAAAUGCAAUCUUAGAACAGCUUCCUUCAAGUGGAAGAAGAUAAAUGGUGAUGGAACUCUGCCUCUAAACAGAUUUGGCCACACAGCUGUCAUCUAUGAACAUUCUAUGUUUAUAUUUGGAGGAUGGAAUGGGCACGACACACUUGAUGAUAUUUAUUAAUACAGCUUCUCUUCAAAUUAUUGGUAUGAGAUUAAGAAAGUAAAAGGUACAAGGCCAAAGCCAAGAUAUAGACACACAGCUGUGGUAUGUGGUGGAUCUAUGAUAGUGUUUGGCGGUGUUGAUACAGACUAAUAGAGAUUUAAUGAUGUAUUCACUUACGAGAUUGAUAAAAGAAGAUGGUCUGUUAUUCAAACAACAGGAAAUUAGCCUUAAGCAAGAACAUUCCACAAGUCAGUCAUAUACAAUAAUAUCAUGUUUGUAAUUGGCGGUUUUGAUGGUUCAAGGCUAAAUGACUUACAUCACAUUGCCCUUCCUUAAAGUCUAUAUGAGGAAGAUUAUGAUUAAAUGCGAAGAAUAUCUAGACCAGCUUCAUCUGCUUCAGGUAUCAUGCAGACUCCUAUGUAUCAAACAGAGGAAGAUAAUAAAAUGAAGGACAUAAAGUAUUUAUAGAAGCAAGUAUUGCUUCUACGGCGACAAGUAGGCGAACUUAGCUCUCUGCUAAAAGCAGAGCAAGAAAAUGUUGAUGACUGCAAAAUAUGCUUUUCAAGAGAUAUAGACACACUUUUCCUGGAGUGUAGUCACAGGGUAAUGUGCUCUAAAUGUGCUAGCAAUCAAACAAUAAAGAAAUGCCCUAUAUGUAGAGUAGAAAUACAAAGGAUAGUUAAAACUUUUAAUGUGUGA